CAAAUUCCGAAAUUACCCUCAAACCCGAUCAUGGAAGAAUCAUCAAACCAACGAUCUCAACAAUUCCUCAACUGCUCAACCCGACCCGACCCGAUCAACAAACCACCGGAAUCACCAGCCACCAAAUUCUCGUUCCCGAAUCUCCUUCUCUGGUUUGAUCAAUCAAAUUGCGUUAAAACUCUCACUUCAUGGUCCAUCUUCUUCCUCCUCGCCGUCAUCGUCCCAAUGAUCUCUCACUUCGUAUUAAUCUGCGCCGAUUGCGAUUUCAAACACCGCCGUCCUUACGACGGAUUAGUGCAGCUUUCGUUAUCGAUCUUCGCCGGAAUCUCGUUCGUUAGUCUCUCAGAUUGGUCCAAGAAAUAUGGAAUCCGAAGAUUUCUCUUCUUCGAUAAGCUUAAAGAUGUUACCGAUAAAGUUAGGAUCGGAUACGAAGCUGAAAUCCAGAGAUCAAUGAAGCUACUAGCUAUCUUCGUCCUCCCAUCGAUAACGCUUCAAGCUAUCUAUCGCAUUUGGUGGUAUGCUUCAGGCUUUAACCAAAUCCCUUACAUCAUCAACCCAAUGCUGAGCCAUGUCUUAGCCUGCACACUCCAGCUCUCUUCUUGGCUCUACCGUACAUCACUCUUCAUCAUCGCUUGUAUCCUCUACAAAAACAUCUGCCACCUCCAGGUCCUCCGUCUUGAUGAAUUCGCCCGUUGUUUCGCCUCUGAGAUCAAAGAUUUUAACUCCAUACUCGCCGAGCAUCUCAAAAUCCGGCGUGAACUGAAGAUUGUUAGUCACCGUUUCAGGCGAUUCAUUCUUUUGUCAUUGUUUUUCGUCACUGCCACUCAGUUCAUGGCAUUGCUUACCACCAUCAGAGCUAGUGUUCCUUUUAAUAUUUACGAAGUUGGCGAACUCGCGUUAUGCUCCAUAAGCUUGGUAUCAGGGCUAUUCAUAUGCUUGAAAAGUGCAACGCAGAUGACUCAUAAAGCUCAAUCUGUUACGAGCAUCGCCACAAAGUGGAACGUUUGCGCAUCUUUAGAUACAUUUGAUGUUCUUGAUGAUGGAGAGACUCCUAAAUGUCCAACGACCAUACAACACUCCCAGAUUUUAUCGCGUCGUCGUAAUGUUAUUCAAUCAUCUGACGACGAUGAAGAAGGAGAAGGAGAUCACAAUGAUCUUGAUAUACAUCCAAUCUUUGCCCGCGCUAUUUCUUCCCAGAAACGUCAAGCUCUAGUGACCUAUCUAGAGAACAACAGAGCAGGGAUCACUGUUUAUGGAUUCUUGGUGGAUAAAACAUGGUUGCGUAUGAUCUUUAGCAUCGAGCUUGCUCUUCUUCUAUGGCUACUCAAAAAGACAAUCGUGAACAUAACAUGAAAACGAAAUCAGUGUCACACAACACACGACGAGAUUAGUACCAAAGAUGUUUUAUUUCAACAAUGGCGAUAUAACAGAUUUUUUUUUGUAGAUCGUCUAUAGAUACAAAUAUUCAAUGUGUGUAUUUCCUUUUUUAGUUAUAUAUAUGCGUCCAGAUCAUGUUUAUUGAUUGUGUGUAAAAAGUAAAAACUGAUUUUUGAA